CCACCUUCUGCUCCCAGCCUCGAGCUCCAGUCCCCUGUUCCUCCUGACAUCUGAGAGGCUCUGCUGCAGCUUAUCCUGGGCUAACUGUUUAUCCUGUACAGCCUGGCAACCGGCCGCACGCUCCGGAUUACCACAGGACACCCAUUUCAAAACACACUUCUGCUCUGACUAAUCGAGAGUGAAUUUUUUUUAACUGAAGGAAAAAGUUUUGGGGAUAGACAAAGGAAAGAGAGAAGCAUUUUGGAUAUGUGCUUGUGAUCUUUUUGGUUGAUUUAGUAACUUUACCGUCUUUUACUUUGCCCUUCUCACCUUUCCUGGAGGGCUGUGUGUGUGUGUGUGUGUGUUUGCACGCAAUGGAUCACACACUGUUCGGCUGCCUGCGGAGCCCCCACGCCCCGGCGCAGGCCCUGCAUCCCGCCUUCACCCAAUCUCCCCUGACUCUGCACGGACGCUCGGACCACGUCUCCUACCCUGACCUGGCCUCUUCAUCCUCCUCCUCCUCCACCUCCUCGCCCUCUCCCUGUAUCAUCUCCAGCUACCCGGUGGACGACGGCCUGUUUCCCGGGCAGCACCACCACCACCCCCACCGCGGCCACCUGCCCUCCCAGCAGCAUCACCACCCGCCUCAGCACCAUGCGUCUUGGCAUAUCCCACAGAUGCCGUCACCUGGCAGCGGCACGCGCCACAAUCUUUGCCACCCGCACUCCCACUCAUCCCAUGACAGCGGGCCCACACCCCCAGACCUGGGCCACCCUGGUGGGCCCAGUAUGUGUGCCAGCACCCCGAGUCUGGGCAUCGGCAGCACCCCUACUGGGGCCUCCUGUGUGCCUGCAGAUUUUGGCAGACAGACUCUGUCACCUGCUGAGGCUGAGAAGAGGAACAGCAAGAGGAAAAGUGACAGUUCAGAGUCCCAGGACGGGAAUUACAAGUCAGACGUGAGCAGCAAACCCAGGAAGGAGAGGACGGCGUUCACCAAGGAGCAGAUCCGAGAGCUGGAGGCCGAGUUUGCCCACCACAACUACCUAACCCGACUAAGGCGCUACGAGAUCGCCGUCAACCUCGACCUCACUGAAAGACAAGUGAAGGUGUGGUUCCAGAACAGGAGGAUGAAGUGGAAAAGGGUGAAGGGCGGCCAGCAGGGGGCGGCAGCUCGAGAGAAAGAACUGGUGAAUGUGAAAAAGGGGACGUUGCUGCCGUCAGAGUUCUCUGGCAUCGCGGCGCUGCACCACUCGACGGACUCCUUAGCCAAUGAGGACAGUCACGACAGCGACCAGAGCUCCGAGCAUGCUCACUUAUGAUGCACACAUACCCUUCUCUCCCCUCCCCCCCUCAGAGGACAGGCCCUGCUCUGCCCCAGGACCGUCCUUAGAAGGACUGCUGUUUGCUGAUUCGACAUCGUCAUACAACGAUGUUAAACAAGUGUACAAAUAUACAGAGGAAUGAUGUGUGGUAGAUAAUGCAGCCAUCAUGCAGGCAAAAUGUAAAUUUCAAGAACUGAGCACAUACAGGAGGAUCCUGACAUAUUUCAAAGCGCCAUUGGUUAAAAAUGUCCUUGAUAAAUGCCAAAACAAGCAAUAAUAUAAAUAUUGAAAUGUGAUGUUUUGGCUACACAGUUUCACUGAAUAUUGCAAAAACAUUUUGGAAAUCAAACUCCGUCAAACUGUUGUAAACAUUCCAUGUUGUGUGCCUUGAGAGAAGCAGGCUUUGAUUUGCACUGUCGAACACACAGUCUGCGUCUCAGUCAGUUUCUACUGUAUAAAAUGUAAAUUACGAUGUAAUUGAGUUAUUGAUCAAAUCAAGUGCCAGGAAAUCAAAUUUGCCUAGCUAAUAUAAAUGACCUGUAAAUAAUUCUCUGUAUUGUCUUACCUUAACAAUAAUUUUAUACCCACUACACUAUUCAGCUCACGCAGUAAUAAACACUGACAGUUCUUUAGUCGACACUUUUCUGCCUGGAGAUGACGUUUUGUAAACAAAUCUGAAACCUGAAAUCAGUAUUUUAUUAAAUCCUUUCAGGGACAGUUGCAGAUCAAAUAAACUUUAACCAGUG